AUGUCAAAAGAAAGUCUUUUUUGUGAAGAUAUGUUUGAUAAAACCACAUAUAGUUGUACUGAUGAUGGGAAGUUUGUUGUGCAGCCUCCACUUUGUGAUUUUAUAGACAAGUUGGGUGACUCCAGAAGUCAUGCUUUGGGUAGGUUUUACUCAUUGGAAAGGAGGUUAAAUGAAAACUUCAUUUUAAAGGAAAUGUACUUCUCUUUUAUGAAUGAAUAUGAGCAAAUGGGUCAUAUGACACUGAAUGAUAUCCAACAUACUGGGCCGGUCAUUCAGGAUGACUUAUUGGGUAUUCUGCUUAGUUUUAGGCAGUUUAAUGGGGUUGUUUGUGCGGAUACUGAAAAAAUGUAUCGUAUAGUCUGGUUGGCUUCAGAACAAAGAUGUCUUCAAAAAAUCUUAUGGAGGAGAAAACCUAAUGAAGAUGUUCAGGAGUAUACUUUAAAUACUAUUACCUAUGGUACCAGGUCAGCAGCGUACUUGGCCAUACGCUGUUUGAAGCAGUUAGGAUUGGAUAAUCUUGAAGCACAUCCAGAGGCUUCUAAUGUCAUAUUGCAUGGAUUUUACGUGGAUGAUAUGCUAUGUGGAGGGUCUUAUGUUACUGAAAUGAUUGAUGUGUGUAAACAAGUUAAAGAAAUUCUUGGAGGUGCUGGAUUUAAUUUAAAAUAG